AUGAACAUUCAGAAAGAUAUCAAUAUAUGUUUUGAAAAAUUGAAAGAGCUGCAAGAAAGUGAUGAAUUGAUUGAUGCUCUAAAUUAAUUGUAAAUUUAAAAUAAGAUAUUCUAUUAGUUAGUUAGAAGGAAAAAUGAAGAAAAAAUAUCAAAUAAUAAGAAAUGA